AUGAUUAGCUGGAUCUCGAGCGUGAGGAAGGGGUAUAGCAAGUGGGACCAGAAGAGUCCUUUCGAGGUCUCAGAUGAAGCAAGGAGAAUCAUCAAGAGAGUCGGAAGCAUCGCUGUUUUCCUCGGCAUCCUCUCCAUCAUCAUCGUUCCAUUGUUGGUUUCCAAGACAAACCAAGAUCCCUGCAAAGUCUGGACGGAAGUCCAGGACCUGCUGGCCGAGCGGGACAACAUUACGGUAGUCAUAGGCAACGGAAGAGGGAAUCAAUUCAUCUUCUCAAGAGGCAAGAGGUCGACAGCGGCAUCGGUCCCUCUGCCGGUGGCGAGUGCGAGCAAGUGGAUUACCGCGACCGUCAUCAUGAAACUUGUGGACAAGGGAGACCUGUCGCUGGAAGACAGGCCCUCCAAGUACCUCAGCUUCUGGAAGGCAAACGACACGAGGGGACAAGUGGGGCUCUGGCAUCUGCUCUCCUUCACCAGUGGGCUGGUGGAGGGAGGUUCUCUCAGAUGCUCCUACGGGACCAACGAUGUUGUUGCGUGUGCCAGAGAGAUCUAUGAAGCCAACUCAAACAUGACCAACGCUCCGGGCGAGUCCUUCUACUACUCCGGGAAUCACCUGGUGGUUGCGGUAGCCAUGGCGGAGACAAGGACAGGGAGAACUCUAAACCAACUUCUCCAAGCCCUUGUGAUUGAGGAACUUCACUUGCAAGAGAGCGUCCAUUUCUCCUUGAAGCCACCAGGUUUGAACCCAAGUGGGAGUCUGGUCAUUUCUGCUAUCGAUUAUGGAAUUUUCUUACGUGCAAUGCUAACAAAGCAAGAAACGUUUCUCUCCCCACAAGCUUACGCCCAGCUGCUGGCUCCCUUCACCAGGAAUGCCAAAAAGAUAUCCACACUUGCUCCUUACACUCAAGGGCGAGAGUGGGAGUACGGGCUCGGACAUUGGGUCGAAUGCUUCAACAAGAUGAGUUGUGACGCGUCGAACAUCGUGUGCCCCAACAGCUCGAUUCAGUCAUCCUUGGGUGCAUUUGGAUUCUAUCCUGUCCUUGAGGCUGCGAUUAAGGUCUCUGAUCUCAACGAUCAUUACGUCAUCAUCUCGCCACAAGUGCCAACAUCUGAUUUCUCGAAGAAUUACAUGCUGCCGUCUGUCCUCCUCCAUGAGCAGGUUUGA